CCGACGCGGUUCACCAGCAGCACCAACACCAAACAGCUUGUACACUAUGGGAAAGUCCAAGAUUAGAGAUAUCGACCCCGAGUCGCUUCUGGACCCUGCGCCGAGCUCCAGCGAAGACGAGCGCUCUGACGCUGAACUCUCCGAAGUCGAAGAUGACAAUGCCGGGCGCGAACAUUAUACCACAGUGGCAAAGAGCAAGCUGAGGAAGCCGGUAGAAGUGCCUCUGGGCCCGGAGUAUACUGGGCGCAAGGUGGACCGCAAAGCACUCGAAGACAGCGACAGCGACGAUCCAUUUGCGAAAGGUUUCGACGAUAUAGACAGCGAGGCUAGUGAUGAGGACGAAGAAGAUGAUAUCAAUGGCGUAGAGUUCGACGGCGAGGAAGAUAGCGACGAGGAAGACCUGAACGGCGAAUUCGACGAAGACAUGAGCGACGAGGACGAGGAGAUGGGAAGCGCAGGCGAAAGUGGGAGCGACGACGAUGCCAAUGACUCUGAAGACUCAGAGGAUGAUCAGUCAGGCGCCGAAGCCAAGACCGACGCGACCACGAUCCGCGACCUCAUGUCCGCCAACAAGUCCUUCACCUCGACCAUCGCUGCUGGCACGCAAUCCGAUGUCGCCAAGGGAGAAGCUGUGAAGACUCAACGGAAGACAUUUGAUACGCUACUCAACUCGCGCAUUCGACUUCAAAAGGCGCUGAUCUCCACAAACUCCAUGGCUGCAGAACCCUACAAGACAGAGGCCGCGAAAGAUGCGCCUAUCGAGGCAGCGGAGGCAGCUGCAUUGACGCUCCUCAACAACCUCACGAACCUGCGACUAUCUCUAGAAGAGUCGCGAACAGGUCAGAAGCGGAAGCGCACGGCAUUUGACUCUGCGACACCAUCAUCCGAGAUCUGGGCCAACAUCCAAGCCAGCGAGAAAGCCACGCUCCCCCACCGCAAAGCCGUCCUCGAGCGCUGGUCGAACAAAACCAAAGCCACGACCGUCACAAACAACAAAGCGCGCCUCAACGCAUCCGCGCAACAGACGCUAACCGAAGUCCUCGACUCCCAGCUCACAUCCUCCCACCUGGUAACCCGCACCCAAACCCCGCGCUCUUGUGCCCCCCUCCAGUCCUCCGGCAAAGCCGUCCAACCCGACCCCGCCAUCUACGACGACGCCGACUUCUACGGUCUCAUGCUGAAAGAGCUGCUCGAACAGCGCUCCGCCGAUCUUAACGCAAACGGAACCGCCGAGUUUGUUGUACAAGCACCGUGGCAGGUUGCGCGCGAGGCCAAGACGAAGAAGGUUGUUGAUACGAAGGCUAGCAAGGGGAGGAGGCUAAGAUACACGGUGCAGGAGAAGUUGCAGAACUUUAUGGCGCCUGAAGAGAGGGGCGCUUGGGGGGAUAGGCAGAGGGAUGAGCUGUUUAGUAGUUUGUUUGGGCAGAGGUUGGGGCUUGGUGAGAAUGAUGAUGUGGAGAGUGAGGAGGAGGAGGGUGUGGAUGCUGAGGAGGCGGGAUUGAUGUUGUUUAGAAGUUGAGUGGGCUGAGUAGGUGAGAGGCAGAUUCAUGUCACGCAGAUCAUGGUGCGCUGUCUCCGAUGUCUUCGUUCUCAGACUACAGGCUAUAACGGUUGGGCAUAAUUGCAAGUCUCAGCUAUGUUAUUGGUUGGUUCACACUUUUGGUGGCGUAUGUCAGCAAAAUCAGCCCCCAAAUUGCCCGCGUAUCUUCAUUCUCAGCUAAUCAAAGAGCUUGCCUUUAACUCGCUCAGCGAUCAUCUUCCAGCCUCGUUCCACC